AUGUUGUCUUCAGGAGUGCUGACAGCGGUAUUGGUAGCUUGCGCUGCAGCCACCGGCUCUGGGGUCAGGGCACGGGGGAUUGUCGCCAACGAUGGUGUCAGAUGCGCUUGUAACCAGCUUGAAACCGCUGACCCCGACGCACUUCUUCGCCCCAACUCGACCCAAUACAACGCUCAGUGCAUCAAUGUGUGGGACAAACGCUCCAACCUGGCUCCAGCCUGUGUAUAUCUUCCCACGACGGCCAAAUCCGCUGCCAAUGCUAUCGGCAUCUUCAAUACGUGCGGCGCUCAGUUUGCCGUCAGAGGCGGUGGACACAUGAAUGCCCCAGGCUCUAACUCCAUCAAUGACGGCGUACUUCUCGCACUCAACAACCUGAAAGACAUCAAGGUCAAUGACGAAGACCUCACCAUCGAAGUGGCCCCUGGCAACAAAUGGGUUGACGUAUACGAAGCUCUUGCCCCUUUCAAGCGCUAUGCCAUCGGUGGCCGACUCAAGACCAUUGGCGUACCCGGCCUGACUCUGAUCGGUGGUGUCAGCUAUUUCCUCAACAAAUAUGGAUAUACCAUGGACAACGUUGUCAGCUAUGAUGUGAUAUUGGGGAACGGAACAUCAGUACGGGCCAGUCAGGAUAUCAAUUCUGAGCUCUUCUGGUCGUUGAAGGGCGGCGCUGGUAACUUUGGUCUCGUAACCAAGUUCGUCAUGAAGACGUACGAUGUGCCUCUGGUCACGAGCACAAUGCAGAUAUUCAACGAGUCUGCUGUCCCAGAAUUCAUCAAGGCCACUUGCGACAUGGUGCUCUCUGAAGACGAUUUCGUAGGUGCCGGUGCUGUUAUCAACCUCAACUACAACGCCACCAGCAAGUCGGUCACGCCUCAGAUGUUUGGUCUCCAAGAAACUCCCGAGUUGUCGCCAUCCCGCUUUGCCAACUUUACCGCCAUUCCGGCCGUGAGACGCAUCCAUAAUGUCACGGAGCCCGUCCACUGGCACUCCAAGUUGGAAAGCCCGAACCAGAUGUUCCGCAUUCAAUUCGGUCAUCAUACGAUCAAGCCGGAUGCUGAUCAGCUGUUCUGGAUAUACCAACAGUGGCGCAAUGCCGUUGAAGACAUUGCCGAUGUUGAGGGUAUUCUUCCGACACUUGUGCUCAACUCUGCUCCCAAGUCUGCCGCCGCCGUUGGAAAGAACAAUGGCGUCGGUAAUGCCUUUGGCCUGGACACGGAAGAGUCCUACAUCUGGUGGCAAAUCGCAACUUCCUGGGAUCGCCCUGAGGAUGACCUCAGACUUGAGGCCUGGGCAAAGAGCCUUCUCGGACGUCUCCACAAGGCAAACAAGGACAAAGGCCUGGCUACGGAGUUCCUGUAUAUCGGUGACGCCGCCGAGUGGCAGGACCCUAUCCAGACAUAUGGCGAAGAGAACUUGAAGAGGCUGAGGGCUGCGCGCGACCAGUACGAUCCUCAACUAGUUUUCACAAAGCUCGCUUGGGGUGGAUUCAAACUUGGCUAUUAA